AUGGCCGAAUCCCAGCUGGUGUGCAUGGAGGACGGCCGCAUUGGUGCCAAAGUCCCGGAGACCAAACCGGAGUUUUACUACAGCGAGGAGCAGCGCGCCGCGAUCGAGGAGCUUCUCCGAAACGGUGACGGUGCUUUUAAAACCAGACUGAAAGAUGACAACAUGAAAGACUUUUUAUCUGCCCGAGAAAUCAAACUUUUGAUGAAUACAUUCAAGCGGUAUGACUCCGGUAAUGACAGCAGCAGCAGCAGCACCUCCAAGCCGGAGCCAGGAGCCUCCAACACCGAGGCAGACUCAGGGGUCCAUUCCACCUACUGGCCCCAGAUGUCAGACACCGAGGUGCCUCCGUUGGACAUCGGCUGGUCCAGUGGGGGGCUUUUCAAAGGGGUGACCCGGGUGGCCGUCCACACGCACCCACCCAAAGACAACGGACCUCAUAUUAAGGAGGUGGUGAGACGGCUCAUCCAGGACGCUAAUAAGGUGAUCGCCAUAGUGAUGGACAUGCUCACAGACAUCCAGAUCUUGCAGGACCUCAUGGAUGCGGCCUGGCGUCGUUCUGUGCCCGUUUACAUCUUGUUGGAUUACCAAGGUGUGCCGCACUUCCUGGAUAUGUGUUCCAGGCUGCAGAUUGGUGGUCAGCACCUUCGGAACAUCCGAGCCAGAACGCUUCAGGGAACCGGCUUUGGCUUGUCAUUCGGCAGACUGUCUGGUUCUCUCUGUAAUAAGUACAUGCUGGUAGACGGGGAUAAAGUCAUGUUUGGCUCCUACAGCUUCGCCUGGUGUACAUCUCGUAUGGACCGAAAUAUGAUCACUGUAAUGACAGGACAGGUGGUUGACUUCUUCGACCGGGACUUCCGUGAACUUUAUGCCAUCUCUGAGAAUAUGGACCUCUACAAGGAAUUCCACGUCAGCCCACCCGCCAACGUGACCGCCACAAUUCGUGCCAAAUCGGGGUCCAAACGUCCCCCUUUACCAGCCACCACGUCCCGCUUCCAGGUUAGCUUAGGAGACUCACGGAAAGCUGACAUCCAAGUGCCUGCUCACAAAUACUACAACCCCAAAUACUCCCUGGUGUUUGGGGAUGCCGCACGUCCAACGGGAUCUCUGCAACAGCCAGGACCUAAGAGGGGAUCGGUUCUAGCGGAGGUGCCAGAGGACAUGGAGCCAGGAAGGCCACGAGUGACCAGUAGUGAGAAGAUGGACCGGCUCAAUACACUACCCUCAGAACCCCCAAGCGAAAUCUUCAAGAAGCCCAAUGGAUUAACGCAGGACAAGAAGCAGGGGCAGUCUCAGAAGAAGAAAUUCUUCAGGGGAAAAUCGUCCUCUAAGGUUUCAGUUAAUAGCCCGGCAGGUGGUACGAGCCCCUCACCCACAGAAUCCAAUCUGACAGAUGAGACCGAGGACAACUUUGAAGUGAUUAUUAAGUCUCCAGGCAAACGGAAUAAGAAGAAGACACCUAAAAUGACCCAGAGGACAGACUCUGUCAACACUGUCAAAAGUGCACAGGACAAUGAGAAGAGGAACUGCAGGAGCUAA